AUGAGUGAGGCUGUAGACAUGAAGUUUGAGGGACAGGCAACUGUAAUUCAGCAGCUGGAACAGACCAUUGAGGAUCUGAGGACCAAAAUAGCUGAACUAGAGAAGCAGUACCCGGCUGCGGACAUGGACGUGGCCAGCGGCCGUCACGGGGUUCAGAAUGGAGUGACCCCCUCAGAAGAUGUCUGUCUCGAAGCUCUCAGGUUAGAAGAGGAUGUAAGGCAUCAAAGGAUUUUACAGGCAAAAUCAAUCCAGACGUCCCCAAUGGAAGAGGGCAAGGUACUGACGCCGCCUUCUGGUGAUGCAUUGCCGGAGGGUCCCUCGCGCCCGCCCGCGGCUGAAAGUGGAGACCCAUCUGUGCUAGCCUCACCUUCUGGGCUUCAGACAAAAUUCUGUUCAGAGAUUUCUUUGAUUGUGACUCCAAGGCAAAUAUCAGUACAGCUCGACGCACAUCAGUCCAUUCAGCCUCCGCCAUCUCUAUCCCUUCCAUGGUCCGAUAGUCAAGGCCAGGUCAGGCCACAGCCUUACCAUCCUUCUCUUCAGACUGAGUUUGAAACCAGCCGUGAACACUCUGUUUUAUCUUCCUUUGAAAACAGCUGUAACAUCCCACCCCCACCACCUCUGCCUUGCAGAGAGGCUUCCAGUCCCAUGCCUCGCCUGGGCGCGGUGGCUCCCGCCCCUCCCCCCGUCCCUGGCAGGACAGGGCCUUCUCUGCUCAGUACAGCAACCCCCCAACCUCUCUCUGUGCCUGGUACAGAAAUGCUGCCAUCCCCUCCCGCACCUUUGCCUGGAGUGGGAAUACCCUCUCCCCCACCUUUGCCUGGAGUGGGAAUACCCCCUCCUCCACCUUUGCCUGGUGAGGGAAUAUCCCCUCCCCCACCUUUGCCUGGAGUGGGAAUACCCCCUCCCCCACCUUUGCCAGGUGAGGGAAUACCCCCUCCCCCUCCUCUUCCCGGAGUGGGCAUACCUCCUCCCCCGCCUCUUCCCGGAAUGGGAAUACCUUUCCCUCCACCUCUUCCUGGAGUGGGAAUACCCCCUCCCCCACCUUUGCCUGGUGAGAGAAUACCUCCUCCCCCUCCUCUGCCUGGAGCGGGCAUACCUCCUCCCCCUUCUCUUCCUAGAAUGGGAAUACCCCCUCCUCCUCCUCUGCCUGGAGCAGGCAUACCUCCUCCCCCCACUCUGCCCGGAGUGGUAAUACCCCCUCCCCCACCUUUGCCUGGUGAAGGAAUACCUCCUCCCCCUCCUCUUCCUGGAGUAGGAAUACCUCCUCCCCCCACUCUUCCUGGAAUGGGAAUACCCCCUCCCCCACCUUUGCCUGGUGAGGGAAUACCCCCUCCCCCUCCUCUGCCUGGAGCGGGCAUACCUCCUCCACCCCCUCUUCUCGGUGCAGGCAUACCUCCUCCCCCACCUCUGCCCGGAGCUGGGAUCCCCCCACCUCCUCCUUUGCCAGGUAUGGGUAUUCCACCUGCUCCCGCUCCUCCUCCCUGUCCUGGAACAGGCAUCACCUCACCCCAACCACCUACUCUGCUUCCUGGAUCUGGCCCUCUACCCACCCCACAAGUUGGGAGUAGCACUUUACCAAUAUCACAGAUGUGUGGAUUUCUUCCCCCUCCAUUACCAACUGGCUGGUUUGGAUUAGGGACGAGCCAGGACAAAGGGAUUAGGAAGCAGCCAAUAGAGCCUUGUCGGCCAAUGAAGCCUCUGUACUGGACGAGAAUUCAACUGCACAGCAAAAGAGACUCCAGUGCUUUACUUAUUUGGGAAAAAAUUGAAGAACCAUCUAUAGAUUGUCAUGAAUUUGAGGAAUUAUUUUCCAAAACUGCUGUAAAGGAGAGGAAGAAACCUAUUUCUGACACCAUCACAAAGACCAAGGCUAAACAAGUUGUCAAGUUAUUAAGCAACAAAAGGUCACAAGCAGUUGGGAUAUUAAUGUCCAGCCUUCAUUUAGAUAUGAAAGACAUACAACAUGCCGUUGUGAACUUGGACAAUUCUGUGGUUGAUCUGGAGACUCUUCAAGCUCUAUAUGAGAAUAGAGCACAGUCAGACGAACUGGAAAAAAUCGAAAAACAUGGCCGAUCCUCCAAAGACAAGGAAAAUGCCAAGUCUCUGGAUAAACCUGAACAGUUCCUUUAUGAGCUGUCACUAAUUCCCAACUUUUCAGAGCGAGUCUUUUGCAUAUUGUUCCAGUCCACGUUUUCAGAAAGCAUUUGCUCGAUCCAUCGCAAACUGGAAUUGCUACAGAAAUUGUGUGAGACAUUAAAAAAUGGCCCAGGGGUUAUGCAGGUUCUGGGUUUAGUUCUUGCCUUUGGCAACUACAUGAAUGGUGGAAAUAAGACUCGGGGACAGGCAGAUGGUUUUGGGUUGGACAUUCUUCCAAAGCUGAAAGAUGUCAAAAGCAGUGACAAUAGCAGGAGCCUUUUGUCAUAUAUCGUUUCCUAUUAUCUUCGAAAUUUUGAUGAGGAUGCUGGAAAAGAACAGUGUAUCUUCCCAUUACCAGAACCCCAGGAACUUUUUCAGGCCUCACAGAUGAAGUUUGAAGACUUUCAAAAAGAUCUCAGAAAACUAAAGAAAGACUUGAAAGCUUGUGAGGUCGAAGCUGGGAAAGUGUACCAGGUGUCCUCAAAGGAGCACAUUCAACCUUUCAAAGAAAACAUGGAACAAUUUAUCAUUCAAGCUAAAAUUGACCAAGAAGCAGAGGAAAACUCACUGACAGAGACUCAUAAAUGCUUUUUGGAGACUACAGCCUAUUUCUUCAUGAAACCAAAACUUGGAGAGAAGGAGGUGUCCCCAAAUGUUUUUUUCAGUAUCUGGCAUGAAUUCAGCUCUGACUUCAAAGACUUUUGGAAGAAGGAGAACAAACUUAUUCUACAAGAGAGGGUAAAAGAAGCUGAAGAGGUGUGUAGGCAGAAAAAGGGAAAAUCACUUUAUAAGAUAAAACCAAGACAUGACUCUGGAAUCAAAGCAAAGAUAAGCAUGAAAACCUGAACACAGGAAAGCAGAAUGAAUACAAGUCACUCUAAGCACUUCCACAAAAUUUAGCUGACCUGAACACGGGAAGGAAACUACAUCAUUUCGAUCAUUUUUCUUCUUGACCUCUUGCAUAAUCUUUGUGUUUUCUAGACAAUUCACUGUUGAAUUUUACUGUACAUUCAUAUAAAAAUGUAAAAGCAGUAGACCAGUGGAGAAUUUGACACCUUUUCUUUUUGUAAAAGUUUAUGAUAUUAUACUGAUAGGCUGAAACAGCAUGUAUUAGAGGCAGUAUCUGCAUUAAUUCUGAACAUGCUAAACUUUAACCUAAAAUUUUCUUUUGUAAGAAUAUUUAUUUUCUUUCUACUGACAACCAGUACUUCACAUCAGUGCAUUUAGAUUUAUGGUUAAAAUGUUAUUUCUAGUGAAUUGUUGUAUCAGUUUCACACCUACGUAUACAUUUUUAUUCUAAAAUUUAAAUACUGUUUAUAUACUAUAAUUAAGGCUUUCCCAACUCUUUGGGUUGCUCUCCAUAACUAUAUAUUUGUGAAAGGAGAUUAUAGUUUUUCUCACUUGUUAGAUAAUGAAAGAAAAAAAAUAUAGCAAAAGGAAACCCUUUUCCGAUAAAUCAUUUAAUAUAGGCAGGAAUCAGAGUUUAAGUUUAAUGAAGGCUCCUAUCAGACUGUGUCCUCUGAGACCCCAGGUAAAGGAAUCUGUGGCAGAAGUAAAUAAAACUGAAGGUGUGCCUCCCUGUAACUUUUGCCAUUGCCUUUCACAAAGAAAAUAUGACUCAAUAUGUUGAAGGGAUUUAAAUAAAUGGUACUCAUAAAAUCGCCAACAUGACUAAUUGUUGACAUGAAAAAAGUAAUUUUUUGGAUGGAUUGGCAUCUACCUAGAACCUGUUAAUUAAACAUACCUGCCCAAGUAUUUUGACAUAAUUGGGGUUUUCUUUCUGUGUUAUGGCAGGUGAUUAAAAGCUGAAAAAAUGAGUAUGUAAUGAUUCAUUAUCUGAAGGGGUUUAGGAAAGGAUUUUAUAUUACAACGAGGGAGAAAACAUCAAUAUCCUCUUCUGAGAGUACUUUAAAGUUGACUUAUGAUGCAUUGUGAUGGUUUUGUCUAACAGUAAUAGGUGCAGUUUUUUAAAAUAAUUUUAAUGACAUUUGUUGAAGGUUUUGGUUGUGGAUAAAGGGGAGAGUUUAUUGCUAUUACAAACCAAUUAUGGAAAGCAACUUAAAAAGAAAGUUCCGAAUCAUAACUAUGUUUGUAUUUAUAUAAAAUAUGGUCUCUUACCUUUUAAUUUGUAGUUUAAGUGCAAAGAAACAGUAGUGGUUUUUUGGUUGUAGUUCCGUAGUCUUCCUGUCCCUUUCACUCCCUCUAAUGUGUAUAUUAACAUUCUUCAAUGAAGUAAUAGGGCAUUUAACAAAGAUCGCUAUGUGCAAUACUGUAUUUAGUGUUUCU